AUCUCCAUGAAUAACUUAAAUGAUCCCCCAAACUGGAAUAUCCGGCCUAAUUCCAGGGCUGAUGGCGGUGAUGGAAGCAGGUGGAAUUAUGCUUUGUUGGUUCCAAUGCUGGGAUUGGCUGCUUUUCGUUGGAUUUGGUCUAGGGAGUCCCAGAAAGAAAUAGAAAAGGAAAGAGAAGCAUACCGUCAGAGAACUGCUGCUUUCCAGCGGGAUCUCGAAGCCAAGUACCACUCUGUGAUCUUAGAAAGUCGGCGCGCUGUUGCUCAGUUGUCUUUGGAGCUUGAAAAGGAACAAAACCGAACGACUAGUUAUCGAGAAGCCCUUAUCUCUCAGGGGCGCAAGUUGGUAGAAGAAAAGAAGCUUCUCGAACAGGAACGGGCACAGGUAAUGCAAGAAAAAAGACAGUCACAGCCUUUGAGAAGUACAUAUCUGAGCUGCCUGGAAAAGGAGGAAGACUGGCAAAGGAGAGCCAAGCUUUUGCUGAAAGAGUUUGAAGCAGCUCUCACAGAAAGACAGAACAUCUACUGCAGCCUGUUUCUUCCUCGCAGCAAGCGACUCGAGAUAGAGAAGAACUUACUGGUACGAGCGUCCGUUGACCCAGUUGCUGCUGACCUAGAGAUGGUAGCUGGUCUAAGCGACAUAUUUAAGCAUGAUACGUAUUGUGGUGAUGUCUGGAAUACCAACAAAAGCCAGAAUGGGAGACUGAUGUGGCUGUAUCUCAAAUACUGGGAACUAACCAUCGAACUGAAAAAGUUUAAGGGCGUAGAGAAGGCCAUACUAGACAAGUAAGACAAGAAUGAAAUAAAACCACUUUUAAUAACUUGAGGCCAGGCUGUCACCGUGCAUUCUGGGAAUCUGGCAUUUUCUGUGUCAGUGCUGCCUGCACCAUGGCCAUACUGUCACCUUUCAGCACCAACCUCCACUCCCACCACUCUCUGAGCAGAAGUACAGUGAGGCUUCAGAGACAAAGGAUUUCCUUGGUAAUGCUCUGUGACUGCUAAGGAUACAGUUUCCCUGAAGCAUUUCUUAAGCUGCCAAUAUUUUGUUAAGCAGAACAGUAUAACCUCAUAUUUUAGCUCUAGGGUCAAAUGGUUUUUUGAAAGUCAAGUAUAAUGUUGAUCCUUACUAUAAGUGAGGAUUUUCUGUCUGUUUUUAUCACUUCCUAAAUAAAUUAUGUUUUCUCCUCAAAUUAUUUUCCUCUCUCCCAAAGUAUAUUUAGAAGUUGUCAGGUAAUUUAUAGAACUGCCUAGCAGAUGAUAAUAGAAAGUAGUAAUAUUGUAUUAUUAAGACUUUAUAUUUUAAAGUUCUCUCUCACCUCACAAGGGAAAAAAACCCCAAAUGUUUCUUGUAUCCAGUUGUUACCCUUGUGUAUGUUUGAAAUUUGGCUUGUGUUUGUAUCAGUAAGCAGAAGUUGUUUAUUAGCAGUGACAUAUACUCAAAAAUAUUUGCCAUUUAUAAAUAAUAAUGCCACUCUU